AUGCCCUCCAAGUUGACGUCAACAUCAGUUACCGAAUCGGCGGUGAUCAAUGCCCCAGUAUCAAAAGUCUGGAGCAUGGUUCAACUGAAGAACUUCCAGAACUUUUUUGUCGACAUUAACAAGACGGAGAUUUUACCCUCCGAGGAUCUACAGAAAGAAGUAAUUCGAUGGACGUUUGACGAUGGCACAAUACUUGAUGUUAGGGAGGAGGAGUACUCGAAUAUCAAGAACUACAUGUCUUUCCACAUCGUCCAGUGCCAGCCAUAUGGACUCCCCUACACCGGUGUCCUCACUACUAUUUGUUUGUACCCCAUUACCAGCAGGGCUGCCGAGGGAGGGACCUUUGUGCAGUGGAGCGGUCACUACACGGCAGAUGCUAACGAAGAGGUAAUAGCGGACGGGCAUAUUAAGCGUCGCGAAGCCCUAGGGCUUCUGGCUAACGCAGUGGAGAAGAGUUAG